CUGAGGCACCCAAGUCACCUGCUUUGUCAUACCCUUGCCCUAUCAGACUUUUUGAGUUUGGCAGCGCCGAGGCUCAACCUCCGCCUUUGCGAUCUAAGAGAAGAAAAGAGUCAAGUUAUCAAACCGACACUGGAACUGAACCUCUGAAUUCUGUACCUUCUCUGUCGCCAUCAACAAAACGUCUUACUGCUGCCAAGUCGCAGCCACUAUAUCCCAAAAAUGGCCAUGAAUCAAAUAAAAGGCCACAAUAUCUAUGUCGGAGGCAUAUUAAGCGCCAAAAACAAAACAGCAUUGGCACGCGCAGAUAUCUCGCAUGUUCUCUCAGUACUGCGUCUCAACCCAGCCGAGGAACAGGAGACUUUCAAGUCUUUCCAGCAUCUUUCAAUAGGAGUUGACGAUGUCGACGAUGAAAAUUUAUUGGAGCAUUUCCCCGCCGCUAUCAAGUUUAUUCAGUCCGGCCUAAACGGUGGUGGAGGUGUACUCAUUCACUGUGCGAUGGGGAAGUCCCGCUCCGCGGCCAUUUGCAUCGCCUACUUGCUCCACCGGCAGCCGGGGGCACUCACACCGCAAUCUGCCCUUGCGGUGGUUCGCCAAAGCAGGCCCCUAUGUGAGCCAAACGAGGGCUUCAUGGAACAGCUGAAUCUGUACCAUGAGAUGGGCUGCCCAGAUGAUGUUACCGACCACCCAUCGUACAAGCGCUGGCUUUAUCGCCGUGAUGUCGAAGGAAGUGUGGCGUGUGGCCGUGCCCCAGAGUUGAAGUCAGUGCGAUUUGAAGAUGAACAGCCCGUUCAGUCCCAAGACGCCACCGGUCGAACAGUCGAGAUUAAAUGUCGGAAAUGCAGAACAAAAUUGGCAACGAGUCCAUUCAUCCUCCCGCAUGAGGAAGAAAAGCAAAACACCGCCAAGUCCUCAGCAACCGCCGAUUGCGGCCAUGUUUUCCUCCACCCCCUGACCUGGAUGCGCCCGAGUCUCUUCCCAUCUGAGGAUGGAGCUGAGGCUAGCGCUGAUACAACAUACGGUGCGCACCCCGACGAUGCCCCUCUCUCUGGGCGCCUCACUUGCCCCAAUCCUAUCUGUGGGUCCAAUGUCGGCAAAUUUGCAUGGCAAGGUCUUCGAUGCAGCUGUGGUGGUUGGGUCGUGCCGGCCAUCGGCCUCACCAAAGCCCGCGUCGAUAUCGCACAGGUCAACAUAGCUCAGGGCCCAAGGGCUAACCCUGCCAUCCGUCUUCCUCCGGGAAUGCGGGCCCUGGCGGCAGCUAAUGACUCUGGACGUGGCAAUCUUUGAGAUGACAAGUGAUGAACACUGUACAUGCAUACAUAGUUUUACGAGUUAUGAAAGCUUAAAGCUCCAACUUACAUUUGUUUAUGGUUCAUGUUGGUUUUUUUUUCUGUUCUAAUUGAUCAUCUGGCAACCAAGGGAGCUCACCGGGCUUGUCGUGAGUGACCUAUGGUACACCUUAGCUCGGACCUGAGAGACACUUGAAAGUCCACUUCGUGCACAGCUGGGUCAUCAUUAUUGAGGCACCCACUCUUUGGGGAUGGCCACGUGCCCAACGUGGAGAGUGAACAUUGUUGCUGGCGAUACAUGACUGCCUUGUGUCUUAUUUCAUUCUAUUCUGUACAGGCAGCGACAAGGGCAUAGUGAGGCUCGAAAACACUGCCUGCGACCUUUCCAGACAAGCCGCUAAAGCUGAC